GAUAUAUUUAUUUGUUUGCCUACUUCUUCACCGUCAGAAGCUCUGCAGACGUUCAGAAUGAUGCUAUAUUCGAUAUUUUUGUUUUGUUUCGUGGCUAUAACCGCCGUUGGAUGUGCUGAGAUUGGGUCAAGGAAUUGGGACAUAAAAUCCAUGAAGAUAAAGAAAGGAGAUAAAGUGGAUCUAAAAUUGUAUUAUGAAAGUCUGUGCCCUUACUGCGUAAGGUUCCAUGUAGAACGUCUGGACCCCACAUUAAAGAAAAUCGGGUCUUACAUAGACCUUAAAGUUUAUCCUUACGGAAAUGCGGAGAGGCAUGAAAGAAACGGGAAGACUGUAAUCAUCUGCCAGCACGGUGAAAAGGAGUGCUACGGGAACAAGCUCCAUGCGUGCGCGAUUGAUAUUUUGAAGGAUAUUUAUGUGGCGGAACCUUACAUCUCCUGUAUGAUGAACGCUACGUGGGGAGGCGACGGAUCCACUGAUAAGGACGCCACACAGUGCGGAGAUUUAAUGAAAAUCGACUCGAAACCUAUCAAAGAAUGCGCUAAAAGUAAAAAGGGGGAAGAACUUUUAGAAUACUAUGGCAAAGAGUCUGAAAAGGUUAAUUUCGAUGGCGUGCCUUAUGUAUUAAUAAAUGACAAGGAGUUUGACCUGUCGGACGAUUUGAAGAAGACAAUAUGCGAUGCUUUGAAAAAUCCGCCGCCUCAAUGUAAAGAGUGAUUGAACAUUUUGUCUCAUUUUUUCUGAAUUUCUAGCAAAUAUAAUUGUACACUUG